GCGCCGCUGUUGGAUUAUAUACACUAUCAACCCCAACGCCGACCUCCUUCUUUCCCUUUCUCUUGAAUAGAGCGAAGAAAUCAGAUGUUAUCAGAGGUCCUUCUGCAGCGGGAGUGCCUAUUUGCCGGGCUACGGGUGAAGGUUGCUCAAACCUCCGACCCAGUAUGCUACUCAUCACGAUUUUGAUAUAUCCCGGAUAGAUAUUGCGAAACCCUUCCUCCAAUCCGCUGUCACAUACGACGUCCCUCGAUUCCCACUCAUGCGACUCCCCUAGUCGGCCGGCUUCGAAUCUCUUAUGCGCAGCACUCCACCCAUUCUCCUCUCUGCUGGCAGGAGAUCCAAGCGCACGCCUUUUUGGUCGGUUCCAUCACGCGCCAUCCACGGAUCGAAAACGUCCAACUCAGAAUCGGGGCAAUUGGAGCGAUACCUGCCAUUGCCAAUAUGGAAAACCCGGCCGUCCAAGCCCGUCCAUGAGGGCACCCGACCCCGUUACGUGAAGCCGACAUCAAAGAAGGGGUACAGCGAAUGGAUCAGGCUUUUGAGGCCGUGGACCCAUGGGAAAUCCGCAUUCUCGAGUCCAGAUGAUACCGUUGGAGGCGCCUUCGCGCAGAAACGCCGGACACAGAGUUUGAGGAGUCUGAGGAACCACUUCUUAACGGCCUGGGCGCAAGAUCGAGUCAACAUUUUAAUCAAACUCGGCCGCGAUGAGGGUCAAUGGGAAGUUGUUCAUAACCUCAUCGAAUUACUGGUAACCAGAGACGACGAUCAAUCUCGGGAGUCUUUGGCUCAAACUAAUAUUGUCUGGGGACAAGCUGUGAAUCUCGAUACCUUAACCGAGACACCGAUCAAUCACGUAACCGACUGGGUGCCAACCAAGGGUGCCAAGCUACCGUUAGACAACGCCUACUCCCAGCCGCGCAGACUCGCACGGGAGCAUAGCAAUAACCAUCGGCAUGCCACUAUCGGACUAAUAUGGAGGACCUUAGCCGCAAUGGUGCUCCAUGUUUCGGCUCAUGGAGGUUCCGAGGAGAUAAUGCCUCAUGUCCUACGAAUCAUUGCAACGUUGCACCAUAAUGACGAUAUCCCGGCCGCUGUCUACACUUAUCCCCUUGUCCCUGAAGACACCCUGCCUCUGAAAUCGCCGCUCCUUUCAACUCUUUCGACGCGAAUACUAGCAGCGUUAUCGGAUGCUGCGCUUCUGGCCCGGCAAGAGCGCCUGGAUCACACCCGUGGGCAGCCAAAACCUUUCUCACUUACUAGCUCUUGGACCAGAUUUCGAAGUGCUGAGAUUAGUCACGAGGUCUGGAUUGAAUUUAUUCUUUCGGCCUGCCUGCAUGGAGGUUGGCCCGGCCAAGGCAGCGGGAUCAUCGCACAGAUGUCGGGGCGUCAAUGGAAGACCAUCGAUUGGCGCAAACACACGGACGCUUCUCAAGCAGAACAUGGCAUCCAAAAGUCAUCGAUCCUACUGGAGGCCGGUCGGGGCCAAUCCAGUCUUCCUGAUGGAUUGCGGCAUACAGUAUCAUGGGAAGUUGUCGCAGGGAUUGCUUCCGCUUUGGUCAACUCCUUACACGCAGGGGUCGGCAAUCGAGGGGUCCCGGCGGACAUUACACUUCAAAACAUCCGAAAGUGUAAAGAAAUGCUCCAAAGGAAUAACAUGUGUCUUGGGACUAUGUCCUGGGAUAUCAUGCUCACUCGGCUGCUCAGUUCCGAGGGAGUUGACAUUGUCAACGCGCCGAACUUUGCCCUUACCGCAACGACCAUGCUAUCCUCCCGGUUUGGAGUGGAAAUCCAAGCGCAGAAUGCACCGUCCAUCUCUCAGGGAGCGGUCGAUAACGAUACUGUUCCGUUUGAACCCAGCUCAGCGAGUCUCGGAAUCAUGCACUGUAUACUUCGAUCGCACAUUGCCUUCGGAAAUCCAGAUGGUGCAAUGGAAGCCUUUUCGCAGCUACUGAAGCUCACCGACGAGAACAAGUUGUUGUCGGUGCAAAGCUUUUUCCGACGGUUUAAGGAACAGGACAAACUUCAAACAACAACACCACCGACAUUCAGUUUUGAGAGCCGAAGUCCUCGCAUAGAGUACCCGAACUACGACCCAAAUCUUAGUCUUGAUAUCCUUGGAAGAUUUCUGGACCUCACCGUUUCAUCCGGAAAUCUCGCGUUUGGGAAAUGGUUGCUUUACUCCGAAGACGUUGACGGGCCCAUGAUCAAAGAGACCGAUUACUCUAAUAUGCAUCUUGCACCGGCCAUGGUUCGCUACGCCAUCAGCGCCAACGACGAGGCCCUGUUGCAGAAAGUAUUGACCGUGGGGAGUGACGAGCAGGCGGACUUGCGGCUCCUGACGCUCGCUGAUCUAUAUGCUCUACGACAUGACUGGCGACGCCUGACCGUUAUCCUGGGGGACCUAUCCGAUCAAGCACGAGCCGCUCUUCCCGUUACUCUCUUGGCCACGGUUGCUCGCGCCCUGCUCAUGGUAUCCGCCAGCGCUGGAAGCGCAGAUCCUUCACAGCUGAAUGCAGCUAAAAGCGUCUAUAAGACGCUCCUCGACACCUACGCUGAAUCGCCCAAGGGAAGGGCGGCAGCAACGGUAAUUAAUCUCCUUCUAGCAUCCGUGGAUCCAGUGUAUUUCCAGGACGGAUGGCAGAGGCCUUUUCGCUAUGACGGUGGUAUCGGUUCCCCCUCCAUUGAUCACUUCAAUUUGGUCUUGGAAGGUGCCUGUGCAUGCGGAGGUUCAGAAGCGGGUAUGAAUUUGCUGAGAAGUUGGUGUAUCCGUUAUCCAUCCAGCACCGCGUACGAAGAACCGUCAUCAUCAUCGUUGUUCCCAAAGACCCCUUCCAAAUUCCUUUCUCGACCGCCGAGUACAUUUGAGUCUAUCCCGAACCUGAACAGGCACGCCGGUGUCCCUGUCAUGCGACGCGAAAGCGACUUCAUUGCGAAAAACGUCCAAGAUGUGGUCCUUGAUCUCCCUGGGAAGGGAUCAUCGCGUUUAGGAGGGGUCCGACGACUCACUCCCAACGCCAGCACCAUCCGGGCCCUCUUUCGCUCCGCGCUGGAGGAUGCGCUAUCACUCCCAUGGAUUCUUCGUCUAACCCCUCCCAUUCAGAUCCAGGAGUUGAAGACCUUGGUUGACAUGGACUGUGGUGUUGGAGAAGCUGGCGACGGACAUUCGCUACCGUCGUCGGAAACGUCCGAGACGGAGUUGCACAUCCGCUCCGUUUUGAAGGUGUGCUGCGAGGAGUUCUCCGCGAUGAACCGCAGCAGUACGGGCAUCAGUGUACGAUCGGAGUUGGACGCGGCGUUGACAUCACUCUUUCCUCAAGAUUGGCAUGGUCAGGGGCCAGGCGUCAUGGAAAAUGGACCGCAUGGAUCAGGACGGAAGGUGGAUUGAAUUGGAACAUUACGGCAAUAUACCCCAUCUCACCAAGUGCCAAUGAUGGCAAUGUGAAUAGCACUCUUGUACGAUAUAUGUAGCAUACCUCUUGAAUAGAUCUAUCAACCAUCUUCCGCUUCCAG